CUGGGCGAGGAGGCGAUUUUGAAUGUUGGACAAAACACUUUCCUGGUGCCUCGUUCACGGAUUACAGGAUAUCACUGCGAUAUUGUGUGUACAGCAUAAACACAGCAUUUGGGAAGCUCUCCCAAUACAAGCGGUGGGAUGGAUGAGGAGGAGAACACUGACCGGAAGCUCCAGAUUGCCAUGCUGUGUCAGAAGCUGGAGAAAAUCAAGAGAUACUACAACGACGAUGACACAGACAACAUCAACCAGAUCAUCAGCUCCAACUCACCAGACACAUGCAGAACCUUUCUGACAAACCUAGAAAAGAAAGGCAAUCCUCAGUCAGAUCCUACUCUCCUCUCCAAAUUAAUGGAUUGCUACACGCGGGUUUUCUCAAGCAUGCCACUAGGAAAACACAGUCGGAAUUUAAGCUAUGCACGGAUGCUGGUCAGAUUUGCAGAGCUUAAAGCUAUCCAAGAUGUCAAUGAUGCACGGGAUAGUUUUGACAUAGCAAGAUCCCAUUGCAAAGAUUUUGCCUUUGUCCAUGUAGCGUGUGCUCAGUUUGAACUUUUACAAGGAGAUGCAAAGAAAUGUGCCUCAAUUCUUCAGCAGGCUAUUGAAAUGGGGGCUAAGCCAUGGGAAAGUUUGGAAACUGCAGUGCAGAAUUUAAAACUGGGUAAAAGUCAACUUCUUUCCCAAGAGGAUAAAGAGAAUAUUGCAGUGACUGAAAAUCUACAAGAACCCAUAAAGAAAACCUUAAUGUGUAAAGGUGACUCCAGGAAGUCUGAUGGAUCAGGUGACAUUCAUCUGGCCAGUGGUUUUUCUUUGGGAUCUGAUCAGAGGAACAGCCCAAUGGAUGACCAAGUCCCACCCUGGAGGUCUGGCUCACAACGCAAAAGAACAAUUGCCAUGCCUGGGAGGACUCCCAUGGUACCUCUGUCAAUUCCUGAAAAUGAAAACAUUGAUAAUGUUUACAAAUCUGAGGUCCCCAGCUAUAGCAGUAGUUUGUCUAGGGCAUCCUAUCGUUCAAGUGCAUCCAUACUGUCCUCAUCGAAGAAGAGUUCUGGAGAUGGAGACUCUUAUAACUACAGCAUGUUAAAUCUGAAGCCACUUAUUAGUCCAGAGCAACAUGCUGGGGAGGACAUUGGUGAUGUUGACUCUACCACAGCACUUCUGCACAGACCAGAAAGGAAAGACACCACUGACUUUAUUAGCCAGAUAUUGGUUUCAAACUCUCCCGAGUCCUGCUAUACGUACCUCAGAGACCUGGAGACCACCAAUGACCCUCGCACAGAUGGUGCUUUUCUCUCCAGGCUGUUGGGUUAUUACUCUAAAGCGUUCAUCAAGUUUCCCCUGGCACAGUAUAGCAAACUUGAAAGCUAUGCACGGAUGAUGGUCAGAUACGCUGAGUUAAAGGGAAUUGAAGAUCCUGAUGAAGCAGAAGAUAAUUUCAUCAUUGCCAGAGCCAACAGCAAAGCCUUUGCUUUUGUUCAUAUCGCCCAUGCUCAGUUUGAGCUCUCACAAGGUAAUGGUAAGAAAAGUGCUUCCAUUCUGCAGAAAGCUCUGACAUCAAAUGCAAAACCAGUUGAACUUCUCCAGAUGGCAAUGAAGAAUUUAAAGUCUGGAAAAACUCAGCUUCUCCCUGCUGAAACUAAAGAGAAUGGUGCAGAUUCAGCGGUUGCUUUCAGUGAUGGUGGAAAUAAGGAGGAGGAGGAUCCACUGAAAAUUUCCACGAAAAAAGCACAGCCUAAACCAUACACUAUGGAGAGUUUAUCUGAAUGGAAGAUUCCUGCAAAUGUCAACAGACAGGCUUCUCCAGAGGAACAUAAGCGUGCUGCAGAUCUCAUCCCUACAACACGUCCUCUCCAGACGCUUAGAACUCCGUCUGCCUCGGCUCUCUCAGUUCCUUCCAGGAUACACCAAGUCAGUUGCUGCCAGACACCCAACCACAAAGAGUCUCAUGCAAACAGUUUUGUUACGCCUAUAGUGAAACAGAGGCCAGCUCUUGCGUCUGUUCCAUCUCAGAGGUUCGGUCAUGCUCAGUUACCCUGCACCCCACAGAGUCAGAUAUCAUUUGUCCAGCAGACACAACAGGGUCCCAUCAGUACUCUCUCUAAUGAAUCCAUCACCAUUAAAGGCAGACAGUUCUUCAUUUUAAAGAUGAUAGGCAGGGGUGGUUCCAGUAAGGUGUACCAGGUUCUGGAUGAAAAGAAACAUCUGUAUGCUGUAAAAUACGUGAACCUUGAGGAAGCAGAUGCCCAGACAGUAAUAAGUUACAAGAAUGAGAUUGAGCACCUGAACCACCUUCAGCAGUACAGUGACCAGAUUAUCAAACUGUAUGACUAUGAGAUCACAGACAGCUACAUCUAUAUGUUGAUGGAGUGUGGUAACCUUGACCUCAACACAUGGCUUCGUAACCGCAAGACUGUCAACUCACUGGAAAGGAAGUUCUAUUGGAGGAACAUGCUAGAGGCAGUGCAGACUAUCCACAAGCAUGGAAUUGUCCACAGUGACCUAAAGCCAGCUAAUUUUGUCAUUGUCAAUGCCUCACUGAAGCUCAUUGAUUUUGGCAUAGCAAACCACAUUCAGCCAGACAUGACGAGUGUUAUGAAGGACUCGCAGGUGGGGACACUAAACUACAUGCCACCAGAGGCUAUUAAAGACACAUCAUCUAAAGGUGGAAAACCAAGGUCAAAGAUUAGUCCAAAGGGAGAUGUCUGGUCACUUGGAUGUAUACUUUAUUGUAUGACCUAUGGAAAAACCCCUUUCCAAAACAUCACCAACCAAAUUGCCAAGAUGCAUGCUAUUAUUGAUCCAUCAUAUGAUAUUGACUUUCCAGACAUUCCUGAGAUGGAUCUAGUAGAUGUACUGAAGCGAUGCCUGGUGCGCAAUCCCAAAGAGCGAAUCUCGAUUGUGGAACUUCUCGAUCAUGCAUACUUACAGCUGCAGCCUCAGAAACCACCUGAGCGAGUGGAACCAUGCAACAAUGACCUGAAGAGAAUUCUGAAUGAGUUGGCUGCUUUACAGUCCCCAAACAGCAUUGCAAGAGCUGCUAGUAACCUAGCAAAAAUGUGCAACAGUGGGAAGAAGCUGGAUGUUUCUGAGUGUGUCAGGAGCUCCAGUCAGUCUUCAUGGAAGUGAAUAUGCUGAUGUAGCCGCACGAAUAGUUCAGAAUAAUCAUUUGACAGCACAACACACUUGGAUAUCUUGAAAAUGAAUAUUUCACUUCAGAUUCAGGUCAUCUGUUGACCUGAGGAAAAAGACUUGAUUGACUUGUAUUAUAUGUUCUUGAAAAACCUUAGUUUUUCCAAGUUUCUCUCCUUUUAACAGAUUGAAUUAUCUUAAAUUCAACCCCCCUUUUAAAUUUGCCACUGAUCUGUCCCCUGACCUGUCUGUAUGUUUAAAGUUCUUACAAAUAAAUUUACCAUUAUGACAUAGUAAACUAUAAGGAAUGUUUUUGUAGUACUGUACAUUACUGUAUAAAAUAAGUUUUGAUAUUUAUUCAGAAUGUUUGAGGUGAUAUUUGUAUAUAAUUUUACUUUAAAGAAAAAAGUAAACAAGUGAAAUGAGAGCACUAGAUCCAUAGAAUAGCCAGUGAAGAGUGUCUGUAUGUAACAAAAGAGGUUUCACAAGUUGUGGCUUUGGUCAAUAGUGUAUUAACUUCUUGUAAGUCAUCUUAAUAGUAGUUGAAGUCAAAUAGUCAGGAUCCUAAUAAAAAUUUCACCUCUCCUAACUGUUAGGGGCAGUAAAGAGCAA